CUCGUACGUUGGACGUUCAAACUAGUGCAAUAUGCCCAUGUAGCUGUAAUGUUCUCGCCCAAAGUGCCAAAAAAUCCUUGCGAUAAUCAUCCUUCCAUAAUGGGGGCCGUGCCCAGGACAUUUCUGCCAUGCCUUUGGCUCCUAGCACUUCCUGUCCAGGUGUGCGUAGCUCAGCUGACCGUGCCGUCACCACCACCUGCACCACGAGGGUGUGGGAAGGACUUGAAAUCCAUUUAUUACAACCUCUGCGACCUGUCCGCAGCCUGGGGCAUUGUGCUGGAGGCAGUGGCCAGCCUUGGGGUCGUGGCCAGCUUUGUCCUCACAGUCGUGCUUGUGGCCAGUGUGCCUUUCAUCCAGGACUAUCGGAAGAAGAGCUUAAUAGGGACUCAGACUUUCUUCUUGUUGGGCACCUUUGGGCUGUUCUGCUUGACCUUUGCCUUCAUCGUCAAGCAAGAUUUUUCCACGUGUGCCUCCCGCCGCUUCCUGUUUGGGGUGCUCUUUGCCAUAUGCUUCUCGUGUUUGGCAGCCCACACCCUCAGCCUCAAUUUCCUUGCCCGGCAGAACCAUGGUCCUCGAGGCUGGAUCACCUUCUGCAUGGCGUUGCUCCUUGUCUUAGUGGAAGUCAUUAUCAACACGGAGUGGCUUAUUAUCACUGUGGUGAGGAGUGACGGAGCAUCAAAGGAUCCCUGCCGUGUGGACAAUGAGGACUUCGUCAUGGCACUCAUCUACGUCAUGUUCUUGCAAGCAGCUACCUUUGUUGCUGCUUGGCCUGCCUUGUGUGGACGUUACAAGCACUGGAGGAAACACGUCAUCUUUGUCCUCAUCACCACCUCCUUCUCCAUGGCCAUAUGGAUAGUGUGGAUUGUUAUGUAUGUUUACGGCAACCAGCAAGAAGGGGGACCAGCGUGGGAUGACCCCACGAUGGCUAUUGCGCUAGUUUCCAAUGCCAGUGUCUUUGUCUUCUUUUACGUCAUCCCUGAGAUUUCUCAAGUGAUCAGGCCAGGACCACAGCAGGCCUAUGAGGAUGAUGUGUACCCUUCCCGGGGGGUGGGAUAUGAGACCAUCCUCAAGGAACAGAAAACCCAGAGCAUGUUUGUGGAGAACAAGGCCUUCUCGAUGGAUGAACCUUCUUCAGCCAAAAAGCCUGUGUCCCCGUACAGCGGAUACAACGGACAGCUGCUGACCAGUGUGUACCAGCCCACAGAGAUGGCGCUCAUGCACAAAGGGCCUUCUGAGGGCCCCUAUGACGUCAUCCUUCCUCGCGCCACGGCCAGCAGCCAAGUGAUGGGCAGUGCCAACUCCACGAUGCGUGCUGAGGAUGCUUACACCCCACACAGUAAGCAGGCAAUGGCACAGAGGGAUGGAAAGAGUGGUCAGGCUUCAUCUCCAUAUAGCAAGAGCAGAUGGUAGAAGCUGGAGUCUUGAUUUUGGCAGGUCCCGUUCCUUGAGGGUGCCUUGUGAAACCUGCCUUCAUGAAGCUGCAUCUACCUAAUUGGGGCGAGGCCUCAGUAAGUUGCUGAAAUUUCUUCCUGGGAGCUGAGACAAUGCAGUUUCUUUUUGUUACACAUAGCCCAAGUGCUCUGCUUGGCCUCUGCUAUAGAAAAUCUGGGUCACUGUGCUGGGAUGUACCUGUUUUUUUAUUCUGAACAGUGGGACAUCUAUUCUCCUCAGAGUCUUCAAUCAAGUUCUUCAUAGCGCCACCUCUUCCGUGCAGCCAGCCAGCACCUUGAGAGCCUCCCUUGGUUUUGUUUUUAGUUUUUACCCCAUACCUUUGAUGGACUGUAUUGACUCUACUGUUAAGUGUCUCAUCUUCUCCCACAAUCCCUCCUGUUUGUGCUGUAUAAAUAGGCCUCUACUUGUAUUGAAAAGAUCCUGCUGAGGGCGCAAUUUGGCCUCUUGAUGGAUGAGUGGGCAUCCUUGCCUUUCCACCAUAUUGCCAAAUCCCACAAGGGAGUGUGUCGGAACGGAGAGCGGUACUGUUCCAGCUCCUCUUCAUGGCAGCCAUAGAGACAGACACCUGUCCCUCUGCGGCGAGAGAGACUUGCCAAGCACAGAAAGAACCCUUGGGCAUUUAUUAGCGCUGCGGUAAGCUCUCUCAGCCUGCCUCCUCCCUCUGGACCAGGCCCUGGAGUGCGACAACCUCGUGCUGCUCCCAGAAUCCUUAGCGUUUCUGCCCAUGCUGCCCCUGCCCUCACAACACAACUCAAGGCAGCGUGAAGAAGUGGAGAAGGCUUGUCGCUCUCUCUGGAAGGCAACAAGGGGGCUGGUGCUGCCUUUUCUUGUGGGCAACCUCGCAACAGUCUCAGUAUGCACGUGCCACACUUUUGAAACACUGGCGAUGGAUUGGUGCCAUCCCCAGAAUGUGCAGGUAGCCCCAAAUGGUGGGGAAGCAGAAGCUAUAGGACUGUUGCACAGAGUACCAAAUGCUACCUCCUAGUUCCUGUGCCGUGUGAGGGUUGUGAGGAAGCCAUGACGUUUGCCUGCCUGCCGGCCUGCCACAGUUCACUGUGUCGUCCCAAGGGCCCUCUCCCACUUCUCCCCGCUGCCCCAUCAUCCUGCCAAGAGCUCCCCUGACUGCCUUGGUCAGAUGCAUGAAAUGUGCACUUCAGCUGGUGGACUUCUGACUACGCUACCUGAGGAUGCUGAGAGUUGUAGUCCCACGCACCUGGAGGGCACCAGGCUGAGGGAAAGAAGGCGGUCUGGACAGGGGAGAGCAGCCGGGGUGGGGCAAGUCUUUACAAAGGCCCAGCCGAACAGAGAUGGGUGUGCCACAUAACCACACACAGGAUGACACCCUUGAACUGGAAUGCCUUUGUAGGGUUGAUUCUGUGGGCUUAAGGGCAGCUGGGAGCAGCUGGCUGGCCACAGGAAAGUAAUUGCCCCUCCUUAGGCCUCACUCAUCUUGCUUUACCUCUUUCUCAUCAAUUGGGAAUGGGACACACCCACCCAAUCUUUCACUGGAUCUCUUAUCUUUUGUGCUGCGCAUUUUAGAGUGACACACCUCUCUCUUGCUUUUGCUGGGCUUCCUGGCUCCUGUCUGUCUGUCUGAUUUUCUCUUUCUCUCCUGCAUGUACACACAUGCACCCACCCCCCACGGCUUCUCUCUGUUCCCAAAUAUAAAUUUUCCAACUGAGGAUAACACAUCUUACAUCUUAUGCCACAGUAAACCUCUUAAAUCUUCAAGGUACCCUCCAGCCCUGCCUUUCUCUAGCAGCCAUGCUGUUGCACUUUCCCUGCACACCUUUGUGCACCAGUCCUUGGGCUGUGGCCUGAGGUCCCACCAUCCUGAUGUGUCACCUCCUCCCCUCCCCUCCCCUCCCCUCCCCUCCAAGGGGGGUGCUGUUUCUCUCCUGAGUACAAGAGGGACAGGGGCUCUAUAGCUGGGGGUCAGGCUGAAGAAGUCGGAUGAGGAAGCAUCACACACUCCUGCCAAUGUGUUUAAUCCGUCCUUUCCUGGCCUGCAGACGGGCACGCACAGCACCUUUGGGAGAGGAGCCCUCGAUUUAUCUUACGCUCUCUGUGAAGGCUGGUGCUUUACCGGGGUGGGCAACUUGUGGCCCCCAGGUAGUCCCACACUUCAGCGCCAUGGGAGUCGCAGUCCGACAGCUGGGAGUGCUGGGCUGGGACUGAGGAGAUCCAGGUUGGAGUCCCCGCUCAGCCAUGAAGCUGCCUGGAUGGCCUUGGGGUCGCCAUGGCCACUCAGCCUAACCUACCGCCAGAGUCCGCCUUAUCUUUCUGCUCCGAAUCAGGCAGGGCCCAUCUGUGCUCACUCAGGUGGGGAAGAGACAUGCAGCAAACUGUGAUUUCCGCCUGCUCGGGCUGGGGCUGCAGGCCCGCGCCUGGCUCUGCCUGCAUGCCUCUCCUGUGUGGGUGAGACAUUCUCUGCAGACAGAGAUAACCGGGCGUGAUGCGAUCUUUUUGCUUUUGUGCCAGCUGUGAGUGAUCUGCAGGAAGAGCUGAGGAGGAAUGUGAGUGUGAGACUGUUGUGCUUAAUCCAAGUUAUUUAAGUGGGGGUGGGGAAAGGAAGUGCGUUCUUCAAGGACUUGGCUUUUCUAGUCCAGAGUUAUCUGACAAAUUAAACUUGUUUUUUUUU